AUGACAUCUUCUAAAGUGAAAUAUUCCGGAGGUAAAAUAGUCCCCCGUUCGGAUCUCCGGGUGGGGACUACUGAAGAAGAAGGAAAUGUUAAGAGUUGGAGAAGAAUAGCUACUUGGAACGUUAGAACUAUGUUGCAAUGCGGGAAACUUGAAAACUUGAAAAUAGAAAUGGCAAGAAUGAAGAUGGAUAUCCUUGGCCUGUCAGAAAUGAGAUGGCCAAGAGCUGGAGAUCUAUGGAGUGGGGAAUAUAGGUUGAUACAUACAGGAACAGCGGAGAAUAACCCAGGAAUUGGAGGGGUAGGCAUAAUAAUGAGUAAGGCUAUUGGGAAAAAAGUUAAAGGAUUUGUACAGUACAACGAAAGAAUAAUAUUAGUCAAAAUCGAAACGAAACUUAAGGAUACAAUCAUAGUCCAAGUCUACAUGCCUACUUCUAAUAGCAGCGAGAGGGAAUUGGAAGAAGUCUAUGAAGGAAUAGAGAAAGUUAUUGAAAAAGUUAAAGGAGAUGAAAAUCUUAUCAUUAUGGGUGAUUGGAACGCUGUUGUAGGAGAAGAAAGCCUAGGGCGCAUAAUAGGAAAUUAUGGCCUAGGAAACCGAAAUGAAAGAGGAGACAGAUUAAUAGAUUUCUUUUCAAACCACGAGUUAUUAAUAACGAAUACCUACUUCAAACACCAUCCAAGAAGAAGGUAUACAUGGAAAAUGCCGGGAGACAUAAAUAGAUAUCAAAUUGAUUAUAUUAUGGUCAAGAAGAGAUUUAGAAACCAAGUAAAAGACUGCAGAAGCUACCCAGGAGCAGACAUAGAUAGUGACCAUAACUUGUUAAUGAUGAAAAGUAACCUAAAGUUCAAGAAAAUAGUAUCAAGGAAAAACAAUGAUCGAUGGCAUAUAAAUAAAUUAAAAGAAGAAAAGGCAAAUGAUAAGUUUAAAGAACUUACAAACGACAUAAGUAUAAAUGAGAGAACCGAUAUAAACAAUAGGUGGGGUAUCAUAAAGAGCACAGUGACAGAAGCAGCAUCAAAGACUCUGAAAGAAAAUAAAACGACAGUACCUAGGAAAAAAUGGAUAACAACAGAGAUAGCAAGUAUGAAAGAAGAAAGAAGAAAGCUUAAGAAUGGAACUACUUUUGAAAGUCAGCGCAAAUAUAGAGAACUAAGAAAUCUUGUAAUACGAAAAUCAAAAGAAGCAAAGGAAACAUUUUUAAAAGAAAAAUGCAAAAAAAUAGAGGUACAAAUGAGGAAUGGUAGCAGAGAUGCAGCGUAUAAAUCAGUUAAAAAUUUCUUCAACGAUUAUAAACCAAAUAGGGGGGCAAUAGAGGAUAAUAACGGAGUAAUUAUUUACGAAGACAUACAGAGAGGGGACGUAUGGAAGAAGUAUCUUGAACAGCUAUAUGAGGGGCCAGAACUCACAGGACAAGAAAUAGAGCAUGAAGAAGUAAUGGACAAUAGCUCAAAUUAUAGAGUUUUGUGAGAAGAAUUUGAAAAGCACUUAAAGAUUUAAAAAAGAAGAAGGCAGCAGGAAUUGACGAAAUCCAAGCAGAACUUUGGAAAGAAUCUGGCGAAAGCAUGCGUAGUGAGCUUUUUAAACUCUUAAAGGAAAUAUUCAACUCAGGAGAACUUCCUCUAAACUUUACUAAGUGUAAGAUUAUUCCUAUUCCGAAAAAAGCAACCGCAAACAAAUGUGAUCAGUACCGUACAAUUAGCUUGCUGACACACGUGUCAAAAAUACUGACAAUAAUCAUAUUAAGAAGAAUGGAAUAUACGAUUGAAGCCAUAUUGUCAGAAGACCAGUUUGGGUUCAGAAAAAAUAUGGGUACAAGGGAAGCAAUAUUGGCUUUAAGAAUAAUUAUUGAGAAAAGAAUUAGAAAAGAUAAGCCUACAUACAUAGCUUUUGUUGAUAUAGAAAAAGCGUUCGACAAUGUCAACUGGGCAAUAAUGUUCAAGAUACUCAAAAGAGCGGGUAUAGAAUACACUGAAAGGAGACUACUCUUUAAACUAUACCAGAAGGAAACAGCUGUUAUACGAUUUGGUGAAACUGAGGAGAAGCACGCAUAAGAAAAGGAGUAAGACAGGAUUGUAAUCUCUCACCUAGCAUAUUCAACGCAUACAUCCAAGAGGCAAUUGACAUAAUAAGAGAGAAAAUACAAGUGGGUAUAAAGAUAAAUGACAGGAAAAUUGAUAUGCUACGGUUCGCAGAUGAUAUAGCAGUCAUAGCGGAAAAUAAAGAAGAAUUACAAAGGAUGCUGAGAUGUAUGGAAGAAACUCUGCUCAAUGAACUGAGCAUGAAAAUAAAUACGCAAAAGACCAAAGUUCUCGUGUGCAGCAGAAACAAUAAUAUUACGACAAGAAUACAUCUGCAAAAUAACCAAAAAAUUAAGAAAGUAGAAGAGUUCGCAUACUUGGGAAGCAUAAUAAGUAAAGAUGGUAGAAGUAAAAAAGAAAUAGUUAAGCGAAUAUGCCAAGCUAAGAUAGCAUUUAACAAAAAAAGUGGACUUUUUACUUCAAAAAGUAUUAGCGUACGCACCAGAAUAAAUCUUCUGAUGACAUACGUAUGGAGUAUAAUGCUGUAUGACAGCGAAACGUGA